UUAAAAAUCAGAACAACGCUCACUGGUUACCAAUCUAUCGUUUUUGGACUCUGCAUUCGUUCUGCAAAACCGCUCUCUUCCUUCCCACCAAUCUCUGCCACACAACACAUAACUCAACCUAUGAAUCUGAGCCUCACCCUCUACAAAAGGUUUUGACUCUUUUAGCAUAUUGGUGAACGGUUGUCGACAACAAUUUUUGCUGAUAUUUAAAGCGUCUAGCAGUUUAUCAAAAUGAAGAUUGACCAUCAAGCAAAACGGUAUUAUGGAGCUUUGUGCAUUUGAUGAACGGGUGAUCUGGAACAGUUAGGAAGGAUUUGUACAAUUACAGAGUUUCACCACUCAUUAUUGUGAUCACUUUCUCUCUUCCGAGUAAAUAUUUUCUUUCUAGAUGCAAACGUCCCAGAAACACUCAACUUCAGCUGGUAUCCAUUUAUACCACCAGCCUGUGCAAGACAUUGAUCCCUACACUCAUUACCAAAUAUUACAAAGCAAUUCAUGCCAUGAAAUCCAUGAUAGCAGCAGCCAGGGAACCACAAUUUCUUUUGAACCCUGCAAGGAGCAAUACUUUACCCUUGAAUCAUCCCCAGCAAUCAAUGACCUCAUAGGUUGUGAUUCUCCUUCAUAUGCUAGCGAAUCAUCCAAUUCCAAUAGAAGGAGUCAUUUUUCUCCACAGGCUUCUCAUUCAUACCACUCAGACCAGCAUCAGUCUUCUGACAACACUUAUGAAUCACCAACAAGUGUGCACUCUAGUGCUGAUGAUAGCUACGAAUUGAAGCACAAGCUUAGAGAACUGGAGAUUUCAUUGUUGGGGACUGAUUCAGAUAUUGUUGACAGUUGUCACUGCUGCUACAAGGGUGGCCAUCACGGAGCACCUCCAAUGGCUAAAUAUGAUUGGGAUCAGAUUGUGGAAAUGAUUCCAAAAUUAGACUUGAAAGAAGUCCUAAUUCGGUGUGCACAAGCUGUGUCUGAUGAUGAUAUUGAAACAGCAGUGGGAUUUAUGAAUAAUGUUUUGCCAAAGAUGGUAUCAGUUGUGGGUGAUCCGAGCCAGAGGUUAGGUGCUUAUAUGUUGGAGGGUCUAAGAGCAAGGUUGGGGUCUUCAGGGAGCCACAUCUACAAAGCAUUGAAAUGUGAACAACCAGCAAGCAAAGAUCUCAUGAGUUACAUGCACAUUCUGUAUCAGAUUUGCCCAUAUUGGAAGUUUGCUUACAUAUCUGCAAAUGUUGUCAUUGGAGAAGCAAUGCUAAAUGAAUCAAGAAUUCACAUAAUUGACUUCCAAAUUGCACAGGGAACUCAGUGGAUGUUGCUUAUUCAAGCUCUUGCAUGUCGUCCUGGAGGACCACCUUUCAUUCGUGUAACUGGUGUUGAUGAUUCCCAAUCAUUUCAUGCAAGGGGUGGAGGACUUCACAUUGUAGGGAAACGGCUCUCAGAUUAUGCCAAGUCAUGUGGAGUUCCAUUUGAGUUCCACAGUGCUGCAAUGUCUGGAUCUGAGGUUGAACUAGAAAACCUUGUGAUUCAACCAGGGGAAGCUCUGGCUGUGAACUUCCCUUAUAUUUUGCACCACAUGCCAGAUGAGAGUGUGAGCACUGAGAACCAUAGGGACAGGCUAUUAAGAUUGGUGAAGAGCUUGUCACCCAAGGUUGUGACCCUUGUUGAGCAAGAAUCCAACACCAACACUUCUCCCUUUUUCCAAAGGUUUGUUGAGACCUUCAGUUAUUACACUGCUAUGUUUGAGUCAAUAGAUGUGGCCCUCCCCAGAGAUGAUAAGCAAAGGAUCAGUGCAGAACAACAUUGUGUUGCUCGUGACAUUGUCAACAUGAUAGCUUGUGAGGGGGCUGAGAGGGUGGAAAGGCAUGAACCCUGGGGGAAGUGGAGGUCAAGAUUUUCAAUGGCUGGUUUUGCACCAUGCCCUUUGAGUUCCUCAGUCAUGAGUGCAGUUAGAGGUAUGUUAAAUGAAUUCAACGAAAAUUAUAGGCUUGAACAUAGAGAAGGUGCUCUCUUUCUAGGAUGGAAGAACAGAGCUAUGUUCACCUCUUCUGCUUGGAGAUGUUAUUGAUCACUUGCUGUCAUAGGAGAAAUUAUCAAAUAGUUGAGGACCACCAAAUGUCCAUAGUCUCGCCAAUCUUUAUAUGUCAUAUAUUUAAAAUUUUCAAUUUACAAGAAAAAUUUAAUAGUACUUAAUUAUAUGUCAUGUAAAGAGUAGUUAUGGAACAUGUCUCCUCUCAUAGAUGUAUGUAUAUUUUCCCCUUGUUCCUUUUUUUUUUGACAUUUGGUCAUCGUUUAGGAUCGUAUCUGUAGUUUCUCAACAGGACUAGAGACUUAAGCUCUCUUGCAACCUUUAUCCUUUUACCUUUUGUGGGUCAUACAGCUGUCUUUGAACUUGUUGUACAUGUCAAUACUAGAAAGAACGAAAGAGAAACCUCAUAGUUAUUGACGUGCCCUCUUUAGCAGUUUUUUUAGAGUUUAAUAUAUAGUAGUUACUUUGAGAUGA